AUCUGGGGCCCCUGCCAGUCGCGUCCGCUCCGGGGCCCGCGCCGAGGUCGCGUGGGAGGAGGCAGCCCCUGGCAGGGACCUCGGCCGCUCCACCGGGCGGUCCCCUGCCUGCGCCGCCGCGGAGAGCCCAGCGCUGACAUGCCCCGAGGGGGCGGUGGCUGCGAGCCGAGCCUGAGUGGAAGCGCGUCGCAGCGGACGCGGGCGCCCCUCACCACCUCGGUGACCCUUCGGGAGUCGUGACCGGAUCCCCGGAGGUGGCGGCGCGGGCCCGCGAGGGCGGCGAGGACAAGAUCUUCAGCUGGAAGGGGGUACCUUGGGGUCCUGGGGGAGUACCCCCCUGCCCUCCUCCAGGGCCAGGGGACCAGCAUCUUCGGGCAGGAAAUACUCAGACCAUUGUGAGGCCAGGGCCUCGAGGCCUGGAAAGAGCCGCAUCCCUGGCCGUGACCACCGGCGCUACUACCAUGACCACUGGCGGCUGGAGUACCUGAUGGACUUCAACCCUGCUCGGCAUGGCAUGGUGUGCAUGGUGUGUGGCAGCUCCCUGGCCACCCUCAAGCUCAGCACCAUCAAGCGGCACAUCCGCCAGAAACACCCCUACUCUCUGCAUUGGAGUCCCCGUGAGAAGGAAGUCAUCAGCAACAGCUGGGAUGCCCACCUGGGGCUGGGGGCCUGUGGUGAGGCUGAGGGCCUAGGGGCCCAGGGGGCUGAGGAAGAGGAGGAGGAGGAAGAUGAAGAGGAGGAAGAGGGGGCUAGCCUCCAGGCUUGCCCACCCAAGGGCUCAGGCAAAGCCUCAGCUGGUGGGGGCUCCCGGCGUUGGCGUCAGGUGCAAGGGGGCCCAGUGGCACCCCGACGCCGGUGCCUCUCAGCCUCCAGAAGGGCUGGGGGCAGCAGGGGACUGGGGUCCCAGCGCCUGGAGAGAAGGCUGAAGGAGUCCUUGCAGAGCUGGUUCCGGGCUGAAUGUCUCAUGGACUAUGACCCGCGGGGGAACCGGCUGGUGUGCAUGGCGUGUGGCCGGACAUUGCCCAGCCUGCACCUGGAUGACAUCCGUGCCCAUGUGUUGGAAGUGCACCCCAGCUCUCUGGGGCUCAGCGGCCCUCAGCGCAGUGCCCUGCUGCAGGCUUGGGGUGGCCAGCCUGGGGCACUGUCUGAGCUCACCCAGCCCCCACCAGACGAGGACCUCGUUCCCCAGGACCUGACCAGAAAGAGCCGGGACUCGGCCCCUGCUGCUGGAGCCCCCUCCUCUCAGGAUCUCAGUCCCCCAGACGUAAAGGAAGAGGCUGGCAGGGUCACUGAGAGGCCCAGGCCCACACAGGAGGGCGAGAGCGAGGGAGAGGCGGAGAGGGAGGGGGUUCCCGGGCAGUCGCUGCGGGGCGGCGACCACCGCCCUCACUACCGAGAGCGCUGGCGACUGGAGUACCUCAUGGAGCUGGACGGCGGCCGGCGCGGCCUGGUGUGCAUGGUGUGCGGGGGCGCGCUGGCCUCCCUCAAGAUGAGCACCAUCAAGCGGCACAUCCGCCAGCGCCACCCGGGCUCCACGUGCCUCACCGGGCCUGUCAAGGAAUGGAGCGAGAAGGCCGCCCACCUUCUGGCCCUGGGGCUGCCCUGCUCGGAGUCACCCCCCAGCUCCACCGGCCCCAGCGAAGUCCCACUCUCCCCUGGAGCUGCUUUGGAGCGGCCCCCCGAGGAAGAGGAGGACGAAGAGGACGGGCAGGAACCCGGAGGACUGGCCUUCCCGCCGCUGCCACUGCCGCCGCCGCCCCCUCCCCCGCCGCCGCCGCCGCCGCCCCGCAGCCGGGAACAGCGGCGGAACUACCAGCCGCGCUGGCGGGGCGAAUACCUGAUGGAUUACGACGGCAGCCGGCGCGGCCUGGUGUGCAUGGUGUGCGGGGGCGCGCUGGCCACGCUCAAGGUGAGCACCAUCAAGCGGCACAUCCUGCAGGUGCACCCCUUCUCCAUGGACUUCACACCGGAGGAGCGCCAGACCAUCCUGGAGGCCUACGAGGAGGCGGCGCUGCGCUGCUAUGGCCACGAGGGCUUCGGGCCACCCGCCCCUGCACCGCGUGACGGCGGCACGGACCUCAAGCCGGGUGCCGUGUGCCGGGCGUAGCGGACUCGCUGGGUCGCCCUGUGCUCGGCCGGGCCCGGGCUGGGAGGCCCUCGUAUCUAGUGCUAGAGCUUCCCACGCCCGACUGCUGUCGCGCCCCCCCGCUGGCCGGGCCGGGCGGAGAUUGGGUGGCGCCGACUCUACUGCUUGUUGCUACUUAGGUGUCGGAGCUAGUCGGGCGCUGGGGGAAGCGCACCCGGUCCCGGUGCUCCGGCCCUUUGCGCAGCGCUCCGCUUUCUAUGAAGCCAAAGCGGUCUCUGAAGUGUUAGCACCGAGCGCCGCUAGCCCCAGCCGGUGUCGGGCAGCACCCGGCGAGGCGCCCCUUUGCCAGGCUGGGAUGGGGGCGUCAUCAGUCAGUAUUAAGGCCUCGGGGAGGGCAGGAGGAGCGCGCCGGCCCCUUGUCCUGGCCGGGGGCCCAGUUCUCUGCGGCCUUGCACGCCAGCAGGCACAGCUCCCGUCUCGGGGACUGCUGACUGCCUUGUCCUAAUUGGUAUUCUUGGCCUCUCGGAGGCCCUGGCCACGGACGGGGGCCUUAGGCUGGGGGCGGACCCAGGGCUGGGAGCCUCCGGGAUGGGGAGGGCGCGUGGGACCACGGACGGGCGGGGCGACCCGCCCUGAGCCUGGGCCCUGCCAGCUGCCCAGCCUCGGGGGCAGGCUCAGAGAGACCCUGCCCCUGGUGGCCCCGCCCUCUGCCACUCCCUCCCGCUCGUACUGGCUUCGUGUAAAGGGAUUAGCACUUUUUUCCUUUGCUCCUCUCCAGCCCUGAGGGCCUCCGUUUACCCCUAAACUGAAUCUGGCGUUUUUUGGUCUAGCGCCAGGUCCAUUCGAGCCCGGGGCACUGGCGGUCCCGGCAGUUGGCCUAUAUUCCCGCCUCCUCCCUUUGCCCCUUUGUCCUCAGUGGACUCGCUACCCGUUCUUCGCUCCCAGGGCCUGGGGCCGGGCCUCGGCCUCUCUCUUCCGGAGGCAGGGCCAGGCCCUGUGGGUGGGGAAGGGGCCCGCGAUCUCCCAGGCAGGUCCGAGAGAGGGAUGUGUAGACUCAUUCUCCCGUGGAGAACAGGUGGCCCUGAGAUCAGGCCCCUUUUUGCUCUUUGUAUUUUAUUUUGGAACUGUAUUUAAUGCUUUUAUAUGAAAGGGGGCGGGACGGAGACAGAGCUGACCCAAUCACCCUAAUGUGCAAAUGUCUUAUUUAUUAUGCGUGUAUCAGAGAUAAGCUGUGAGGUAGUGGGGGAAGGACCUAAAGGAAGAAGGAGCUAGGACAGCGGCGGGGAUGGGAGGACUAAAUAUCCCAUACAUUCCUGUAGUCUCGGCCUCUUUCUCCGGCCCCAGCAUUGGCUUUCCACAAAGGGAUGCCCCUGCAGGGACGGCGCUCUCCGCUGGCUUAAAGUCAGGGUGGGGAAGCCAAGGGGUGGAGCUUGUGGGUGGGGUCUGCAAGGGUGUGGCCCUGGGGGGCAAGGGCGGGCUGUCUUUUGAGAAAGCAGAAGGCAGAGAAAACUCUUUCUCCUUACCCGCCCCAGGCCAGAACCCAAGGUUCAAGUGCCUCAGGCCAAGUUCCUUGACUUUCUAAUUGGGAGUUGGGUUUUUAUACCACGAAUUUUAUAGCAUUUUAUACAGUUUUGCUGGAGUUGGAAGGGACUCUGGAGAUAACUUAGUACCAUCUCUCCCCCUUCACGCAGGCAAAAUUCUUAAUACCAGAAACAACUUUUCACACAGCUAAGGUAGAAACAGGACAAGAACUAGGGGAAAAAAAAAAAUCCCAACUCCCAAUUCAGUGUUCUUUUCAUCAUAGCACGCUGCCUCCCAAUCUCUGGUAAAUUAUUAGAAUUUCUUUACCCAUUAUGCCUGCAAGGGGGGUGGCAUGUUUGGGGCACUGCAGGCUGUCACAGUGCACUUAUGAUUCCUGAGGUUGGCAGAGAACUGCACUUCUUGAGGAUGCUAAGCUCUUGGAAUGAGGGGCAGCUCCUGCUGCUGCAGGCCUCAGCUGGGAGGCAGAGGCUGCUUUGAAGCUUUGGGAUCAGAACACAAGAUGGGCCCUUCACCCCUGGCCAAAGGUCUACUCAGCAGGGCAAGGCUCUGGCUUUGUGUUCUUCCAUUGUUUUGGAAUUUGGGGAUGGGCUGUCAGUUGGCUGAAAAGUGAAUUUCCACUGAGUUUGGCCCUCCAGGGUUUUUGAGACAGUAUUAAAAUCUUGAGAACAGAUAAGCUGUGGCACCAGCCUGGGCAUUGCCAUUCUUUACUUCAUGCAUGUUGGUUUCAAAUCCAGAAGGAGUAUUCUAUCACUUUUUCCACACUGCCAUUCAAAAACAGGCAAAUCAGGACAACUGGUUAUAAUCACCUGAGCUCACUGUUGACGCUCAGGUAAGCCAAGUCAGAAAACAGGUUAGGUAUUGGUUUCCCCCUUCACAGAAGAGGUCUUAGAACAAAGGUGACUGAGUGGCUUUCUAAGUGUGGCCCCAGAUCUGCAUCAUCAUCUUAGGACCUUGCUAGAGGUAUAAAUUUUGGGGGCCCAAAUGUGAUCUGGGAAGUGCCGCUGUAGUGAUUCCUACUGUGACUGGAGCUAUGGCCUCAGAGUUGCCCUCAUUCCUCGGGUGCCUCCUUGCCUUGGGAUUCUGACAUGAACAAUUUCAUUUUUUUUUUCUUUUUUGGUUAAUGGUAUCCUUGCUAUUAUGGCCAAUAUGUAAAUGUUACUCUGAAUACAUAUUUAUAUACCAUGUUACUUAGUGACAUUAUUUGAACAUUUGUAUGCGUAUUUGUGAAGUUGUUUGCUUCAGUCAUUUAAAAAAAAUACUUCAGCCUAAGUUUUUUAAGAGAUAUGUUGAAUAAAUUUUUAAAAUCCA